UUUAUAAUAUCUACUAGGUAUAUCAAGGAACAGUCGAACGAUAUGGACCUAUCUGUGCCACGAAUAUACAUAAUGUCAUAAUAUCUCUUAGCUAUCCUCUCUCGUAAUCUUGAUGUUUCCUACCUAAUUACUAAACGGCCUAGGCAAAUCGAUGAUGUCCACAAUGCGUUCGUGUAACAUAAUAAUGCCUCGGCAACUAAGUAGCUCUCUGCUUAGUAGUACUACGCAGCUACGUAAGAGAGACAAAGCUAUUCGAAAAAGAGUUUAAAAAGACUUGACAAGGCUCGAUCAAAAAACAGGUCCAUCCUUAUUGGUAUUCAUUACAUAUUUGAUAGGUUAGGUACCUCGGAUUUCAGGGAUGACCGUCCUAGCCUUAUACUUAGGUAGUAUUUUUUUACGCCAACGCUCAGCUUGAACGGAUAGAAAGAUUCCCGAGCUUCAACAUUGUUAUUUAAUCCUCUCUAGAUCAGUGUCUCAGUUCUCGGCAAACUAUUGUUUGCUCAUCAUCAACCAUGGCUACAGAAGAACAGUCGAAGAUUAAGCUCUAUUGGCUAGAGAAGUCUCGUGCUCAAAACAUCCUUUGGCUGCUUGAAGAACUCAAGUUGCCCUAUGAGCUCGAGACUUUUCAUCGGGUCAACAUGCUUGCCCCGCCGGAGCUGAAGAAGAUCCAUCCGCUAGGCAAAUCGCCUGUGAUCUCUAUCACGCCUCCGGGGUCUACGGAGCCAAUUGUUCUUGCCGAAAGUGGAUUCAUCGUUCAAUACCUGAGCGAGCAUUUUGGCCAAGGUACUACGAUGAUGCCUAAGCGCUGGAAGGAAGGUCAGGAAGGAAAAAUUGGCGGCGAAACGGAGCAGUGGAUGCGAUGGCAAUACUUAUUGCAUUACGUUGAGGGUUCCCUAAUGUCGAUGCUCAUCAUGGCAAUGGUACUGGGCGCACUUAAGAGUCCUCAGGUUCCAUUCUUCAUCCGCCCGAUAACAUCCUUGGUUGUCAACCAACUCUUCAGCCGCCUUGUUCUUCCGAAUGCAAAGGCUCAACUAGGUUUCCUAGAACAACAAGAGACAUCCGGGGGCGAUUACCUAUGCGGGUCGGAUCUUACAUCUGCGGAUGUGCUUAUCAGCUUCGCGUUGAUGGCGGCCAAGGAUAAAUUUGAGACAUUCGGGACAUGGGAGGCUGGUGGACCGAAGAAAUUGUUCCCCAAGCUUUUUGCGUACAUCGACAGACUCGAGGCACAUCCCGGGUAUAAGAAUUCAGUUCAAAAAGUCAAGGAAAUCGAUUCAAGCCUAGGUAUCCAGUUCCCAUAAGUUGAAUUUUGAGGGGUUUCAAUCGUGUAUAUAUGUAGGUAUUAUUUAUUGCUCUCUACUCGUGUGUUACCGAUAAGAAGAUAUCGCGAAUACGAAAUAAACGAAUUCCAAAUACGGC